AUGUCUCUCACUCUUAACCUUCUAACCCCUUCUUUCUCUCCCCACAACAACCGACUCAUUUCAUGCUCUUUCUCUUCACAAUCUCUCAAGUGUAAGAGAGAGUACACCAGUGUGAUGAUAGUGCCCACUGGAGUUGGAGCCGCUAUUGGUGGAUUCGCUGGUGACUCUUUGCCCGUUGCUCGCGCUCUUUCGUCAGUUGUUGAUUGCCUUAUCACUCACCCUAAUGUUCUUAAUGCAGCAAUGAUGUACUGGCCAAUGCCUAAUGCUUUAUAUGUUGAAGGUUAUGCUCUUGACAGAUUUGCAGAAGGGUCAUGGGCUUUACAACCUGUUCACCAAAAUAGGGUUGGAAUAGUUCUUGAUGCCGGUAUAGAGGAAGAUCUCCGGAUUCGCCAGUUACAAGUAGCCGAUGCUGCACGAGCUUCCCUUGGAUUGCCUGUUGUGGAAUAUAUUGUCACAGACACUCCACUUGAGGUAGAGAAAUGGAUUGAUCCCAAAACUGGAAAAUCAACAGGGAGGAUUAAGCACCCUGAUUCUUUACUUAGAGCUGUGCAGACCUUAGUGAGUAGGUCAAAAGUGAAUGCUGUUGCUGUUGUCGGACGUUUCCCAGACGAUGAUAUUGAUGAUGUUGAUGAAUAUCGGCAGGGAUUGGGAGUAGACCUAUUGGCGGGAGUUGAGGCAGUUAUAAGCCAUCUAGUGGUGAAGGAGUUCCAAAUUCCUUGUGCACAUGCUCCUGCAAUGGCUCCAAUUCCUUUAAGUCUAUCUUUAAGUCCCAAAUCAGCAGCUGAGGAGAUUGGGUACACUUUCCUGCCAUGUGUGCUAGCUGGCCUCAGUAAAGCUCCGCAAUACUUGGUCAUGCAUUCUGAAUCAAUGGAAAAGGGUUGCAUAUUGGCAAGUGAUGUGGAUUCUGUAGUCCUUCCUAAAGAUGCUUGUGGAGGGGAAGGGACUCUUGCUUUUGCAAGAAAUGAAAAACAUAAGCCACUUAUCAUUACUGUGGAAGAAAAUGAAACUGUUCUGGAUGAUACUGCAUAUAAACUUGGUUUUGAAGCGCUGCAUGUCUCAAAUUAUUGGGAGGCUAUUGGAGUAAUGGCUGCUCACAAAGCGGGGAUAGAUCCAUUUUCACUGAGAAGAAAUAAAAUUCCUAACAUCGGUUGCACUUCUUCUAAGCCGGUCAAUGGUCGCUACAAUACAAGAGAAAGAGCUAUCUACUGA